ACGGCCGAACCAACCGGAAGUAUCCUAUUAUGGCAUGGAGGCUCUAACGUAAACUUCCGUUAAGGGCGGCUGCUCGAAGUGAAGUCUUAUCUGGAAUUAAAGAACUCAUAUAAGGGUGUCUUCCUCUUUUCCAAACGGCGUUUCCACAACAAACAUGUCCAAGUCUUUGAAGAAGAUAGUGGAGGAGAGUCGGGACAAGAACCUCCCGGAGGUGGAGAUGUGCGACAGGGGCAUUUCGAACAUGCUGGACAUCCCCGGACUAUUCACUCUGUCUAACAUCACUCAGCUGGUCCUCAGCCACAACAAGCUCACAGUUGUGCCUGCUAACAUUUCUGAGCUGAAGAACCUGGAGGUUCUGAACAUGUUCAACAACCAGAUAGAAGAGCUGCCCACUCAGAUCAGCAGUCUGCAGAAGCUGAAACACCUCAACCUCGGUAUGAACCGUCUGAGCGGCCUGCCGAGAGGAUUUGGAUCAUUGCCAGCUCUGGAAGUGCUGGACCUCACCUACAAUAACCUGAACCAGACCUCCCUGCCUGGAAACUUCUUCUAUCUCACCACCCUUCGUGGUCUCUAUCUGAGUGACAACGACUUCGAGGCCCUGCCUGCUGAAAUCGGGAAGCUGACCAAGCUUCAGAUCUUGAGUCUGAGGGAUAAUGAUCUCAUCUCGCUGCCGAAGGAGAUUGGGGAAUUGGCUCAACUCAAAGAGCUUCACAUCCAGGGCAACCGACUGACUGUCCUCCCCCCUGAACUAGGUAAUCUGGAUCUGACUGGUCCUAAACAGGUGUUUAAAGCAGAGAAUAAUCCCUGGGUCACUCCCAUUGCAGACCAGUUCCAGCUGGGUGUCUCCCAUGUUUUUGAAUAUGUUCGCUCGGAGACCUAUAAGUAUCUGUAUGGCAGACACAUGCAGGCCAACCCAGAACCUCCGAAGAAGAGCAAUGAUAAGAGUAAGAAGAUCAGCCGCAAACCACUGGCUGCCAAGAACAAAUGAGAAGAAGAUGGAUGAUGAAGAUGAAUGCUCACUUACACUGCAUGUGCCUUUUUUUAUAAAAUAAAUGUUUUGUAUUUCAUUUAAAUGUAUUGAUCAUGUUUCUAAAUAAGUCGUUUGAAAUAUAGUUUGGACUUUAUUCCACUGUGCCUGAGUACAGAUGGAUGUUUUUAUGUUUAUUUUCACCUCUUCUGAACAGUUUUUUUGGUGCUACUUACUUUCAGAGCUUAGCCAUAUAUAUAACUAUUGGAAACACUUCCAUAACCACUCAUUUAGAAGCAAAGUUCAGAAUUUAGUUUCUAAUAUUGCUAAUUUGACAUUUCAGCCUCGAAGCCUUCAGCGGUGCAAUGCAUCGGAGCUUUAAGAAUUGUCAGGUUCAGGUUUCUUCAUUUUCAUUUCUGCUUUGCAUUUUAUUUCACUUUUCAGUAUUGAAAUAACACAUUUUCUAUAAGAAAUGCUUUUUCAAAUGUGUUUAUGUUUUUUUAUUUUGGUAACUUUCUGAUGGUACUUCACUCAGUGUACACUAGCCCACGGUGUGCCCAUUUUCUAAAUAGUGAAUAUUACCCUGCCUCUACCGUUGUCUCAUUUUCUGACUAUCUCUCUAUUUUUUCUCCCUCUCUAUAUCUCUAGUUUUGCUGAAUAUAAUAUGUAUGUAAAGAAAGUACAACUGAGAAAAGAGCUGAAUGGGAGAUACUCUAGUCCCAUGCCCAGUGGAGUAAGACAGCAUAUUGUCUCUAGCAGGAGCUGUUUCAAAUACAGUUAUUACUAUUAUCUGUAAGAGCAAGAAAGCAAGCUCAGUCACAACUGCAAUUAACUGUGUUUAUGCCUCUGAUCUCGGAGAGCACUUGAGACUCAUUGUACCUUCCAUUCCAUAUUCUCUUUGUGAACUUCUCUUUCAAAGCAUUACCAAGUGUCCAUCACAUUUCAGCCUGUUGCAAGGCUGAUAGGUAUAAUCCAUUUUAAAUGAAUUGUGCUCUUAUCACAGGCCAACAUGUACUGAACGUACCGUCAUGCUCGCUGUCUCAAACACUUAAAAUAAAACAAUCCAAAACAUG